GCGGAACCCAACGCGCUUGAUGGUGUGCAGCGGGAACGGUAAAGUCACGUGACAGUCCGUCAGUGUUUAGAGUCCGUCAGUUAUGGCGGAGUACGCGAAUUUAGUGCGGCGGGCCGCGGGUCAGCUCACCGGUCAUGGCGGUGUUAGAGGCUUCCUGCUGCAGCUCUUCAGGGUGAAUGAUAUCAAGACUGGAGCCUUGGUGGGUAUUGACAAAUAUGGCAACAAAUACUAUGAGGACAACAGAUACUUUUUCGGCCGUCACCGAUGGGUGAUUUACACGACAGAGAUGAACGGCAAGAACACUUUGUGGGAUGUUGAUGGCAGUAUGGUCCCUGCUGAAUGGCACCGUUGGCUACACUGCAUGACGGAUGACCCUCCCACCACUCACCCUCCAGAACCCAAGAAGUUCCUGGCCAAAGUUCAUCAGUUCAACAACAGUGGCACACUGAACUGCUACGUACCCUAUUCAACCACUCGCAAGAAGAUCCACGAGUGGGUGCCACCAGAAGCCGGGGAGAAAUAAUCCCCUCAUCCUGUUUGUGUUCCCUUACCACCUUUGACCAGUUCUGCUGUUUGGAACAUUCUGUAAAUUGUAGCUGUAUAAUCAUCAAUAAAUUAAAACAAAUGU